AUGCAAGUGUUAUAAACACGAGAGGAUCGAGUGAAAGAAUAUUAAGCAACUGUCCUUUAUUUUUGUACAAACUAGAGAGUUUGAAACUUGAUAGGAGAAAGAAAAAAUGUCGAGUGUUAUGAGUCCAAAGUGCUUAUUCUUCUACACUUUGCAGCUUCUAAUUUUAUUGCAAGCCAAAGUGUUCUGUUUUCAGCACAAAGUUGGAGACUUGAGCGCUUGGAACAUCCCUACUGCUGCUAAUCCAGAUGUCUACAUCAAAUGGUCCAAUAAAACCAGUUUCAGAGUCGGCGAUUCUCUUAUGUUUUUGUACCCACCAAGCCAAGAUUCAGUAAUACAGGUAACACCACAAUCAUACAAAACAUGCAACAUAAAAGAUCCAAUCUUGUUCAUGAAUGAUGGAAACUCACUAUUCAACAUAACACAACCUGGAGAUUUCUACUUCACAAGUGGAGAAGCAGGACAUUGCCAAAAAGGCCAGAAACUUCACAUCUUUCUUGAUGGAAAAGGCGCUAUCGCUUAUGCACCAUCAGAGGCAGAAACUGCAGCUGAUGGACCUUCUUACCAACAAAAUUUUGGGUCUAUUCCAACUGCAGCUGCUUCUUCUAUCAGAUUUUCUACAGUUUUUGGUUCUUUGAUUGUUUUUGCAAUCUGGGUUCUUGUUUAAUUCAUGUUACCAAAUACAAUGAGGCAUAUUCUUCAAUUUUUUGUCGGUCGAUUUUUUAUUUUUUUUAAUUAUAUAUUAUUGGACUUAGGGUCCUACUUUUGAUUUGUAUUGAUUCUUUUAAUAAAAUUGUUAUAGUGCAUAAUCAUGCUUUGUAUGUGAGUUUGUCCGUGUAAUGUCUGGUUUAGAUGUAUGUGUAAAUACUAAUGGCUAGUUUUCAAA